AUGACAGAUUUGACAUUGACGGAGAAGAUAGAGACGUUAAAGAGGGAAAAUGAAGCUCUUGGGCUCACAGUGACGAGAACUCGUCAAUCCGUGAAACGAUUGAAACUGGAAUAUGCCACAUUAUUAGAAAGGUUACAAUCACGCAUCGAACUGGAUCCUCAAUUAUCACCUGAGGGACCUCUCCCCACUUUAGAAUCCUAUAAGGAUCAAUUGUUAGUUGAACCAAUGAAGAAAUCGAGGACUGCUGCUGCAAAGAAGAGAAGAAACAGAAAUAAAGUUAAUAAAUUGAGAGACCCAAAUUUACCAAAGAGACCUACAAAUGCAUAUUUGAUCUUUUGUGAAUUGAACAAAGAAGAUGUGAGAGCUAAGGGCUCUACGGACGUGACGAAAGAUUUAUCUGAAAUGUGGAAGGCAUUGGAUGAUGAAGCAAGAAAACCAUAUUUCGAUUUAUAUAAUGAGGAUAGAGAAAGAUAUAGGUCGGAGAUGGAUGUUUAUAAUAAGAAUUUGGUCGCUGCUAAGGAAGUAUUGGCCCCAAGGGGAAUAGUGUCCACAGCACCAUCCACAUCCACCUCUCCACCUUCCGUCGCACCCGGAGCUAUUAUCCCAGCCACUGCGGGAAUUGAGGAUGAGGAUGAAGAUGAAGAUGCCGAUGUUGACGUUGAUGCUGACGCUGACGCUGAUGCUGACGAUGACGAUGAAGAGAUUGAUCAUCAUGAGGAAGAUGAUGAUGAAGAAGAAGAAGAAGAAGAGGAAGAAGAAGUGGAAGGUGAUGAGGAGGAUGAGGAUGACGAAGAGGAUGACGAUGACGAUGUGGUAAAGAUACAUUCUAUGGAAAAUGGAGGAGAUACAAGUCACAUUGAAGAUGAAUCUUCUGCCCCACCUAGCGAAACGUAA